AUGGCUCACCAGGAUGAUACUGCCGCCAUCGCGGAGCUGGAGGAAGUAUUUGCGCUGCAACGUGCCGCCUUUCUCAAGAAUCAGUAUCCAUCGAUCGAGGAACGGAAGUCGAACGUCGGCAAGAUUCCUGGCAUGCUCAUCGCGAACCGCGAUGCCAUCCGUGAUGCCCUGAAUAAGGACUUCGGCAACCACCCCGAAUCCACCAGCGACUUGGUCGAAUGCCUCGGCGUCGCUGGUCGAGCUGCAUAUGUGUUGUCUCAGCUUGACAAGUGGUUGGCCACGGAGUACCGAGACGUGGACGGCCAGAUGUAUGGCGAGUCCAAAGCGGAAGUACGCUACCAGCCGAAGGGCGUCGUUGGAAAUAUCGUCCCAUGGAACUUCCCCUUCGACCUCUCCGUAGGCCCACUUUGCGAAAUGCUGGCGGCGGGCAACCGCGUCGUCAUCAAGCCCUCGGAAUUUACGCCCACAACCGGCGCACUGCUCGCCAAGAUGAUCUCCGAUACCUUCCCGCGGGAUCUCGUCGCCGUCGUCAACGGCGGCCUCGACCUCUCCCGACGCUUCUCCCAGAUUAAAUGGAACCAUCUUCUCUACACGGGCGCCCCAAGCGUCGGCAAGAUUGUCAUGGGCGAAGCCGCCAAGAACCUCACGCCCGUGACCCUGGAGCUCGGUGGGAAGUGCCCAUGUAUUUUGACGCCUGGCGCUGUAACUCCUGAGAACGUGCACACCAUCAUCGGCACUAAACUCCUCAAGAACGGCCAAAUGUGCAUCUCGGUCGACUAUAUCCUCGUCCCCCGCGCUGACCUUGACACGUUUGUCAACUUGACCAAGAACCUCUUCGCCGAAGGCGCGCCCCUUUCGGGGUACACCAACUCCCUCGACAACACAGGCAUCAUCUCCUCCCGUCACGUCGAGCGCCUCGUCGGCCUUGUCACCGAAGCCGAGUCUGCAGGUGUACAGUCCAUCGCGUUGGGCGGCGACCCUUCCCCAACCGACAACAUCAAACGCCAACUUCCCUUGACCCUCCUAAUCGAUCCACCACGCCACCUCAAAGCCAUGACCGACGAGAUCUUCGGACCCGUCCUCCCGAUUCUCCCCUACGACUCCCUCGACACCUCCAUCGACGAAAUCAACGCCGGCGAGCGGCCCCUAGGCCUAUACGUCUUCUCCCCCGACGUCAACGCCGCGAACGCCAUCAUCAACAACACCAAUUCCGGCGGCGCAGCCAUCAACUGCGUGGCUCUGCAGGGCGCACUACCGAGUCUGCCGUUUGGCGGGAGUGGGAUGAGCGGGAUGGGAAGGCAUCACGGGGUGGAAGGGUUCAGGGAGUUUACGUUUUUGGCGCCGUAUAGUGAGUUGGCGAAUGGGGUGGCGGAGGCGGCGUUUCAGCAUGCUACUGGGGUGCCGGGGACGGUGUGA